AUGAGCGGGCGCACGGGGGACGGCGGGGGCGUUGGGGGAAGCGGAAGAAGCGGGGGCGGCGGAAGCAGGCGGGGGUCGCGGGAGCUGUCACUGGCGGAAGAGGAUUUGCGCGCGCUAGAGGAGGGGAUAGAGGAGGGGGGCGGGGACUUAUCGGACGUGGUUCGCGGAGGGGCGACUGGGGAAACGAGUAGGGCGCGGCUUUCCCCCUCGGCGGAGACACGCGCGCUUGUAAAUAGACCACGGGGGAGGAGCAUGAAGGAGCGGGAGCCCGCGCAUGGGGGGACUGCUGCGGAAGCAAGCGCGGAGCCAGGCAUGCGCGCGCAUGGCGGGGAGUGCGCGGACAUUGGGGAAGGAGCGGUGGAGGGGAGAGCGCCGGGAAGCAGCAGGGGUUGGCGGGCAAGAGAGGGACGCGCGCUGCAGAGGGGGCGCAGCGAGGGCGGGCGGAUGGGGGAACACUUCCGCGUGAGGGAGGGCGCGGGCAUGGGGGAAGGCAGUAGGGAGGGCGCGGGCAUCUCUGCCAGCUCCACAGACGCGGAGGCUGUGCUGUGCCGCGCCCUUGCCUCCAUCCCCUCCCCCCCGGACAGCCCCUCCGCGCUCACCCUCAUUCCGCCCCUCACUCCCUCCUCCUAUAAACCUAACAAGGCAGGAGCAGCUGCAGCAGCUGCUGCUGCGGCUCCCUCCGCUGAUAUUGCUCCCGCUCCAGUCCAGCUGCUGGGCUCCUCUGCCCCGGCCCCUUCCCUUGCAUUCAGAAACCCCCUGGCGGCGCUGCCUCCACUGCCCUUCCCCUUCCGCCCCUCCCCGCGCGCCCCUGCGCCCAGCCCCGCUCCCGCAUUUGCCACUGCAGCUGCUCUCAUAGCUGUUGCUACUGGCAUGCCGGAUGGUGGUCGUAUGGGUAUGUCAGAGAGCCGUAUGGGCAUGUCGGAAGGGCGGAAGGGCAUUGAAGGGCGUGUGGGCAUCCCAGAAGCGACGUCAGUGGAGACUAUCAGCAGCACUCUCAGCUCUGACACCGCUGCUGCCAUUCCCCGCAUGCAGCACGUGGCCGCUCUGCACCGCAUUCAACACCAGCAACUCCAGCAGCAGCAGCAGCAGCAGCAUGUUGGGAAUCAGAGCAGCCAGAAGCCAGCAGCAGAGUCUUCUCUCAGUGCCGCCAGUGCCUCUCCAGGGGACACCUAUGGCGCUGCUGCUGCUGCUGCUGCUGCUGCUGCUGGUGGUGCAGGCAGCAGCGGCGCCAACGCCUCUGUCUCCAGCUAUGGGCGCAGCAGCAGCAGCAGCAGUAGCGGCAACAACACCCGCCCCACGUCGCCCCUCCGCUUCGGCGGGAGGCUGGCUGCGAAGCUGGCUGGUUCCUUCUCCUCCCUGGUUCCCAAAUCUCCCAACAGCGAGGGGACUAUGAGCUGGGGCUCCCUCCUCUCAUCCUCCUCCCUCAUUGGCCGCUCCUUCUCCCUGCUCUCCCCCCGGAAAAGCCCCAAAAUGCGCCGGGGAACCUGCCUUGUACCCUCGACGUCGACGCGGGAGGGCGGGGAGGUGGAGGCGGCGGUUACUGGGGAUAGUGAUUUGAGUGGGAUGUUGGGGGAUAGUGAGGUGAGUGGGAUGUGUGGUGGGGAUAGUGAGGUGAGCGGGGUGUGUGGUGGGGGGAUGUCGCUAGAGGCCAGUUUGAGCCAUACGGGCCCGGAUGUGCUGUUGGGUGUGAGGGAUGCUGCUGAGGCAGCAGCGGGAGGAGGAGCAGAUGCAGGAAGAACAGAAGCAGGUGUAGCCGCAGGAGCAGAAGCAGGAGCAGGGAUGUGUUCAGCAGUGGAGGGAGAUGCUGCUAUGAAGAGGUGUUCCAAUAACGGGGCUGAGGAUGUGUUAGCGGGGCAUGUGCGCAGCAGACUGCAGGCAGGGCAAGCAGGACAAGGAGGGCCAGCGGAGAAGGUGGGGAAUAGAGAGCAAGCAGGGCAGGCGGUGCAGGCAGUGCCAGCAGUACAGGCGUGUCGGAGUGGGGAGGAGGCAAGCAAUGAGGAGGAGAGUGGGAGGAAUUGGACGCGGCAAGCCACUGCUGAUCGCAGGCUAGCACUGCAGGGCCAGGGGAAGAGUGGGACAGCUGGGGCAGGAGGGGCAGGUGGGGCAGCUGGUGCAGGUGGGGUGGGUUGGGCAGGUAUAUCUGGUGGAGGUUUGACCCAGGCAGGUGCGAGCUGGACACAGUCCAACCCAGACAGGAAGCUCACCAGCUCUCUCCACAGCCCCACACAUUCCCCUACCGGUAACCCCAGAGGUGGUAACCGCACUGCAGCAAUGAAACGUAACAGCUCAAGCAAGUCACUGAAGGAAGAGGGUGUGUAUCAGCGGGUGCUGGUUGGGUUGGAGAUUUCAGAAGGGGACGAGGAGAGGGGAGGUGAGGGGGUGCCGGAGAGACCAGUGCUGGGUGUGGGGGGAAUGCAUGGGAGGGUAUCUGUGAUUGGUGGUAGCGGUCAGCAAGGGGAAGCAUGUGGGAACGCAUAUGGUGGUGGUGAUGGUGAUGAGAAUGGGAAUGGUGACGGAGGGGGGUAUGUAGAGCAGGAAAGUGAUGGGGAUUCAGCAUCGUCGUCGUCAUUCAGUCCGACAGUCCCUGCUACACUGACGUCGCCGAUAGGGAGUUUGUUUCAAAGCAGGAGGAAGCAUGAGCGCUUACCGAGGCGGUUACAGAGGAGGAAAACUGGCACCCCACGCUAG